AUGCAGACCAGCUGUGUUGUGGACAAAAAAUUUGUCCCAAAGGUGGGAAUGAUUUUCAAGACCGUAGAAGAAGCUAGAAAUUUCUACAAACAUUAUGGAAGGCGGAAAUCAAAGAUAUCUCCAACUUUGAAGACAAACCCUUUAGCUGGAUUAAAUUGUCCGGCCAGAAUUUACGUACACAUAAUGAAGGAUGUUGGUCUUUGGAAAAUUUCUAAAGUUGUUUUGAAUCACUCACAUCCUUGUUGUCCAGACCAGGCUGAGAUGCUCAAACAAUACAGGAAGCUUAGCAUGUUCGUGCGUCGCACCAUUGAAACCCAUGAGGAAGCUGGAAUCAGACCUAGCAAAACCUACCAAUCAUUUGUGGCAGUAGCUGGUAGCCACCGUGAACUAGGUUUUAUAGAAAAAGACGUAAGAAAUUACAUCACAAGAAAAGUACGGAAUAUUUCAGAAAAAGAUUAUGCUAAAGAAUUUGGGAAGUAUUUAGUAAGAAUGAAAGAAAAGAACCAAAAUUUCUUCUUUGAGCUCAACCUUGAAGGCGAUCACUGCAUUAAACAUGCAUUAUGGGCUGAUGCAAGAAGCAGGACUGCAUUCAAUUAUUUCGGAGAUGUGGUUUCAUUUGAUACCACAUAUAACACAAAUAGGUACAAUUUGGUUUUAAGUUCUUUUGUUGGUGUGAAUCACCACGGGCAGUCGACACUUCUUGGAUGUGCGCUGAUAAAAAAUGAGGACAUUCAAUCAUUCAAAUGGCUAUUUGAGUGUUGGCUACAUUGCAUGGGAGGGAAGGCACCAAAAGGUAUUUUUACCGAUCAAUGUGCAUCAAUUCAAAGGGCAAUUGAGCUAUACAUGCCAACAACAAUUCACCGCUGGUGUAUCUGGCACAUCAUGAAGAAGAUCACAAACAAACUAAAUGGCUACAAGGGACACAUUGAUAUUGAACAAGAGAUGAGCCAUGUUGAUUGGAACUCGUACACAAAAGACAAUUUUGACAGAAAUAGGAACAAUUUCCUCACAAAGAAUAGAGAUAAAGAACAUCUCUUAGACUUUGAUCCUGAACCUGAAAGAACUUUCAGGCGACAUUUACAACAAGCAAGACUUUUCAAGGCUGUAGAAUCCCCUAUGGAUCCUAAUGAUGCUGAUAAUGCCAAUGUGGCCAAUCCAAAUGGGAAUGAGAGCAACAAAGGAGAGUACUUGGCUCUUUCUCUGCUCCUACUGUAG